AUGGAGGCAUCUGCUUUAAAGGCAUGGGAGUUGGAAAACAACGUCCAGUUGAUCGAUCCCAAACGCGAUGCCCUAUACUACUACGAUGAGGAGGGUACAAAACUCACCAACGAGAAGAAGCUGUGGAAGCAAGAUCCUGGCUACUUCAAGAAUGUGCGAAUAAGCGCCACCGCCUUGGUAAAGAUGACCAUGCACGCCCGCUCCGGUGGCAAUCUCGAGGUCAUGGGCUUGAUGCAAGGCUACACCAAGGACGACUCGUUUAUCGUCACCGAUGCAUUCCGACUCCCCGUCGAAGGAACAGAGACUCGCGUCAAUGCCCAGGGCGAAGCAAACGAAUACCUCGUCGAGUACCUCGACCUGUGCCGAGCGCAGGGCCGACAGGAGAACGUGGUGGGCUGGUACCACAGUCAUCCAGGCUAUGGAUGCUGGCUGAGCGGAAUCGAUGUGGACACAGAGGCCAUGCAGCAGCAAUGGCAGGAUCCUUUCCUUGCCGUUGUUAUAGAUCCCGACCGUACCAUCAACUCCGGCAAGGUCGACAUCGGCGCUUUCCGAACUUACCCAGAAGACCACAAGCCCAGCGGCGCUGUCACCUCGGACGGCUUCCAGGCAGUGCCCCUCGCCAAGGCUGCCGAGUUCGGUGCUCACGCGAGCCGCUACUACAGUCUCGAGGUCUCCCACUUCAAGAGCUCCCUCGACUCUCACCUCUUAGAGCUUCUCUGGCACAAGUACUGGGUGCAGACUCUCAGCCAAAACCCGCUCAUCACGAACCGCGACUACGGCAACAAGCAGAUGCUCGAUCUGAGCUCCAAGAUCAAGGAGGCGACAACAAGCAUUACCCGAAGCAGAGCUGGACAGGGCAUGAUGAUGGGAACUGUUAGUAAGAGCUCUGACAAGGCCGUGGACAAGUUGGCGAAGGAAUCAAACUUGAUUGCUUCCAAGGAACGAUCAGGACUUGUCGCAAAUCAAGUCAAGGCCAGUGUUUUCAACGACCUUGGGGCAAAGACGGAUUCUACAUCCUCAUGA